AUGGACCAGGAGGAGGCUCCACCGCCUUACUCGGCCGUCGACCCAUUAAUUGCGCCUGCGAAUAGUCGCAAUGGCAGCGCGGCGCCCCCAUUGCAAGGGAAUGUCUCAGCUUCGCAGGCUGCCAGUAGCUCGCAGCCGACUGAGCAGCCUGUCACAGCCUCGAGCCCGGCCGUUGUGCCUGCCCACUUUACUUCGGCGGCGGCCUACUUCGAGGAACGGCCGCCAACGGGCUUGGAUGAAAGCCGUGCCCUGUUGCACCACCAUAUGACCAUCUAUCCCCGCAGCUCAGCCAAGGACUUCCCACGACGGCCCCGCUGCUGGGCCUCGUGCAUGGAUGAGGUCGCCCAGCGGGACUGGGACACCUUCCUGCGAUAUCUGUUUCCGCCACAAUUGGGCUUGGCUGCUGCAUCACAGCAUCUGCCCCGGCAGCUGAGAGCCGAGAUCCAGCGAGAUCGUAAGGAUCGCCCCCAGGAAACGGAUGAGCAGCGGCAAGCCCGGGUUGCAGCUGUUGUGGACGAGUGGAAUCAAUGCUUUUUUGAGCCGCGGGCAGCUCAGAUUAUCUUCGUGAGGACAGCAUACACCAUCACCCACUGGCUGGCCUGUACCUCCAAAUCCGCUAUACCCUCACCACCAUCAGCAGGGCCACUAUGGGCCAUUUGGAGGUCCUCCAUUUCUUGUACCUGGUGCACCUCCCAACCACCAGCCUCCCCAAUACUACCCCCUCCCCCUCCACCGCCCCCGGGUGUUCCGCCAUGGCAAUGGAACCACUGGGCCUAUUCGCAACCGCAAUUCGGAAAUUCUGGCACCCAGAAGAGUGGAGGUACCCUCGGAUGGAUCUCUUCACUCACCUCCCAAGCACAAAAGUACGGCGAACGCUUUGCCGAACAAGCGCAGCAUUAUGGUGACCAGAUCAGUGCACAGGCCAUGCACUAUGGCCGACAAGUCGAGGAGCAAGCAUUGAUGCAUGGACGAUGGGUUGAGGAACAGACACGGCUUCAUGGCCGCAAGCCUGGAGCAUAUCCAUCUGCCCCAUACAUCAGCUAUCAACAGUCUACAUUGAGCCAUGGCCAACCAUCAGACGUUACGGAAAACACAUCAACGCCCCCAGCCCAACCUGAAAUCGGAGAUCAACACCCCAACCAAAAUCCAAGUCAGAAUCCGAAUCCCAGCUCGAACCCGAACCCAGACCCGGUCCAGCCGCAAAGUCAGAGUAAAGCUGAUCAGAAGAAACCUAUCGUUGACCACCCCCGUCGGGCCUCCAUCAGCUCUACUUCGUCCGAAUCAUCUCUUAGCUCCAUCGACUCCCUCUCCACAACAUCUGACCUCAGCCCCUCAGAUCUAGCCACCGUGCGCACGCAGCUCCAAGGUCUCCACGAUAGGCAUGACCGCAUCUUAUAUGAUGCGGCCGUCGAUCUCCGGCGACAGCUGGACGUCCUCCAAGAAUCCCGCCGCGAGGCACGGGCAUCUGGCCGUCGGAACUGGCGGACUGGCUGGCGCCAACAGCAGUCUAACAGCGCGGACAGCAGUGAUUGGGGCCGCUGGGAGUCGCCUCAACAACAGGAGCGUCAAUCCAUGGAACGCCACGCUAUGAAAGAAGAAAUGCGUGCGACUAAGAAGGCUUUUCGCGAUGUUGUGCGUCGCGCCCGGGAUGAACAGCGCGAAAGGAAGCGCGCAAAGUGGAAUCGACGGCGCCAGGCUCGUUCUCAGCGGGCCGGUGCUGAUGAGAAGGUGAAAGAGCAGGUUUCACUGGAUGGUCGCAUGGGAAACCUUUCACUCGGGAAUACCCCGAACCCUCGUCCAGUUCGCACUCAGACGGAACUUGUGUCUAAGCCGCCUCAGUGGGCUGUACCUGUGCGGUCAGAUGCAAGCUCAGCUCCGAGUGCGCAGGGUAUCAGACCCCCAUCUUCUGCGCCACAGUCCAGCGAGCUGCCCGGCAGGAAAGCUAAGCCCCAGACUCGGUUUAAAGAGAUGCUAAAGCCGCGGAAUGCGAAGAAGCAGCAGAAGCCCGACUCGGACACGAAAAAUGGGAAAGACUCGAAGAAGGAUCCUGGCGGUCCUUGA